GCUCUGAGAAAGCUGCUGUAUGACAUCACUAAGUCUGCACGAGAAUUGAUCUACUGUAAGUGGAAGCUCCUCACGCCGAUGUAUUUCGCGAUCAGUCUGGUCAAGAUGUUGUCCAACGUCAUGAAAUUUUGCUGGAGUUAUAAACGUGAUGGUAUGAGAAACAAUGAUGCCAGUUGUGGUUGUUUAAGUGAGAGUAUGAUAUCUAAUAAUAGCUGCGCCUUGCGAAAGGGAAUGAGGGAGGGUUAUGUGGGCAGGCAUUUCUCUCUCUAGAGGUCGGGCUUGAGUCUGUGUUGCCGCCGUAACACCGCACUCUUUAGUUAUUUAGCUAGGAGAGGCGGUACAAGCAGAUCCCAACGAGCACACCGUGUACCGCGAAGUGUCCUUGGAUACGCGAAACUCCCUGUGGAUGGAAUACGGGAAGCAGACCACGGCGAGCUUCAGCGAGGAUUCUGCCCGUUUUGCAAGAAGCGAUGUCACCUCAGCAAGAUAAUAUUGGGCAGAACCGCUCCGCUUCUCUAGCUAGCGACUCCAAAAUCGGGGAGGCACCCGAAAGCAGGAAGAAAAUGAAAACUUUGGCUCAGAGACGACAAUCUGCACCCACACUGGUCAUCAGCAAAGCACUUAGCAAAUCCAGAACAGCAUCCAGAGAAAGCUGUUUAUCCCCUAUCAGUCCAGAAACAUGCCCCCUUGUCCAGUCCUUCGUCUGCCCAAACCGAGUGUUUGUCAUGGACAGCCACGUCCAGCUGAAGACAGGUCUGCAGACACAAGAGAGACACCUGUUCCUCUUCAAUGACAUCCUGGUCAUCGCCAAAUCCAAGUCAUCUUUGCAGUUCAAACUGAAGACCCAUGUGUGUAUCAGAAAUAUGUGGACAGCAUCGUGUGUGGAUGAGGUGUGUGAAGGGAGUCCUAACGCUGACACCUUGAACCGCUCCUUCGUUCUGGGCUGGCCGACCACCAACUGCGCUGUUACAUUCAGUUCUGUGGACCAGAAGGAAGCCUGGCUUUCAUUUAUCAAAAGCAAAAUGAAGGAAGAAAAAGAAAAAGAUGACCCCAAACAAAUCUCUAUAAAUGUCCUUACAAGAGGCAUUGAAAACUGUGUACAACCAAAGACACUGACAGUCAGCAACACGGACACAGUAGUGGAUGUCAUUCACAUGGCACUGCAGCAGUUUGAAAUUCAUGGUAAUGUAAAGGAUUUCCAGCUUUGGGUCACUUCAGGCAAGGAAGACUCUCCAUAUCCUCUGAUCGGACAUGAAUAUCCUUUCAGUAUUAAAAUGAGUCACAUGCGGGAAGCACAGCCCCAGUCCUUGGCUGCAAACAAGGAUGCAAGCAGCAUACCGGAUCCUUUGGAAGAGCUGCCCUUGGACAAACAGUGCCAAUUCAUUCUGAAGCCCAGUCGGCUGGCUAGCGGCCAGCAAUUAACUGACUCUCGACAGAAACCCUUCAAGAGGAAACGUUCCAUUAUAAACUGGGCCUUUUGGCGAGGUUCUGGAAGUCAGCUGGACAGCUUACCUGUGUCCCCCACAUCACCAACUGCGGGGUGUCUCUUCGGGCUGCCACUUUCUGUAGUCUGCAGUGAUGACAGCCUUCCCAAGCCAGUUAUGGACAUGCUGUGUUGCUUGUUUCAAGAAGGCCCAUUUACAAGAGGCAUCUUCCGACGCUCUGCCAACGCAAAGGCUUGCAGGGAGUUAAGAGAUAAGCUGAACUCGGGGGCUGAAGCACUCCUUUCCUGUGAAUCUGUCUUUGUCGCCGCUGCUGUUUUUAAGGAUUUUCUGAGAAACAUUCCAGGAUGUAUUCUUUCUCUGGACCUUUAUGAUAAGUGGAUUAGCAUCAUCGAAAAAGGGAAUAGAGAGGAGAAGAUAAAUGACAUUAAAAGGCUUCUUGAACAACUGCCAAAAGAAAACCUGCUUCUGUUAAAGCAUCUUUUUGGCGUUCUGCACUGCAUUGAACAAAAGUCGGAAGAGAACCAAAUGAAUGCUUUCAAUCUGGCAGUCUGCAUUGCCCCCAGUAUGCUGUGGUCUCCAACCCCCUCCAGCCCACAAGUCCAGAGCGAAGAUACAAAGAAGGUCUCCACGAUUGUCCAGUUUAUGAUUGAAAACUGUUGCAAGAUUUUUGGAGAAGACCUUUUGCUGCUUUUUGAAAGCAUUCCCAAGAAAUGCAACAGCAGUGAUCAAGGCUCAGAUGUUUCUUCAUUUCAAAUGAAUGACUCCUCAUAUGACAGUUUGGAGAAUGAGCUCAAUGAUGAUGGUGACUGUGCUUUUUCAGAGUUAAGAAGUAAAUGUGGCCAAGACAACCGUAGCCGAGACUCUGUUAUCACCUUAAGUGACUGUGAUGUAGAACAGACAGAGGCAGAGCGUGUUUAUGUGAAGCUUCCCCCUUUGUCAACAACCAGAAGGUUUUCACCAGAGACCGAAGAAAUCAAGGGAGUGUGUGAAUGUAUAGAAAAGGAUACUGUGGCUCCAAAGGUUUCAAGGAGACAUAGGCGAUGCUCUGAGCCCAGUAUCUGCCUCUUGACGUCUGACAAUGGGGAGCAAUUUGAACAACACGAGGCUGUUUUGAGAAAAGCUAGCUACGAUGCAUUAAUUGCUAGCAAUGAAGAGAACUAUCUAAAGCAGCUAAGAUCUUUACAGCUGGAAGGCAGAGAGUUGAUUAAUCGAAGCAUGAAUAUGGGUAUUGACUUAAAUAAGUUAAGUGUAAAUUCCAGUUCCGAGAGAAAGGAUGCUCAGAAUGGUUCAAGACUCAAGAUGAAGCCACCGCCUCCCCUCAGACUAAACCUCUGCCCAACCCCAAGCAGUUCCAGCUUGUCCUCCCCGGGAACCUCACCCUCGGGAUCUUCUAUGAGUUCCUUAGACAGUGCAUUCUCUCAGUACUCUGACUAUUCUGUUUUCACUCCCACGGAGACCUGUGUCCCCAUCAGCUUUUUAACCCAGCAAUCCACAAGCCCAAGCUUGUGCUCACCAUUUUCCCAGCAUCACUCAGAUUCCUCCUCAUGUUCAUCCCCUGUGCUAGAAAAUAAUUAUGCUAUUUGUUGUUCAAAGGAAGGCCCCGACUGGAUGUUGCAGAAAAGCCCACUGACCCUCCACCCCAACUCGUGGCUAAAGAACAGCACUCCAUCGAGCCGAAGUUGGUCUCUUCGAAACAAAGAGCUGAGAAGUAAACAGGAAGAGAAAAGUAAAGGUUUGGGCAGGACACACUUUGUUGAGGACGUGAAACCUCAAGGUAAACUAACUGAUAGUUUUAGUGAAGACGAACCUUAUAAUAAAGACACCUCAUAUGAAGUGGGCAGAAGGCAUUUCAGCAGAUUACCUUCAUACCAGGAAGCUGUUCAUCAAGCUCAACAGAAGAAUAUCAAUGUCCCCUUCUACCAACUGCAAGGGAGGGAAAAGGAAUCAACUGCAAUAGCUGUUCCAAUGACCAGUAAAGCUGGAAGCCAUUUAAGCACAAGGAAAGUGGUCAAGAACACUGUUUCAUUGAGGCCACCAAUGCUCAAAUUUGAAAAAUGUUCAUCAUCAGAAAAAAAUAUUGUCAAAAUCCCACAAGCUAUGUUUUAUGGGCAAAGUUCCUCUUUGCAUGUUUACCCUACGAGGAGGCAACACUCUCGUUCAUUUACAUUAGCAGAAGAAUGCCAAAAAAGUGCAGCUGUCCGACGUUGCUCAGAACCAGGUACUGCUCGUCACUCACCUACUGCUCAGAAGGUCAAAUUUGAACUACCACAGCGCUCUCAGAGCCAUAAACUCAAGACCUCCAGUGACACAGAACCUUCAAAUGACAAUCCUGAUCCUAAAUUUGCCUUGUCGCCAGCUGCAAAUCAGGCUGUUCAGGAGUACUUCCUCCAGACUGACAUGGAGAACUGUGUGCAGAAGGCACAGGAGGUAACUCGUGCCGUCAUUCAAAGCAAGCGGGAGUGGCAGAGUAAGAGAUGCAGUGAUCCAAAGUUUGAAGACUUCGAUCAGCUGUUGUUUGCGGAAGAGUCGUAUGUCUAGAUGCAAAUUGGAAAGUCAGAAACUACUACAUGUAAAUGUAUCUGUAAAUAGGGCAAUGUUCACACAGCCCAUACAGCUUUACCUUUUCUGUUGUGAAUAUAUAAACCUUGGAGACAGUUACAGUUUAAUAUUAGUAACAAUGAAUAUUUAUAAAAAUGUUCCCCUUAUAUGUACAUUGUAUUGUCGAUGGCUUUGUUGUAAAUAGAAUUGUUUAUCACUGCUGCCAAAUGAAAAAUUGUAUGAUGUUUUAUUGUGAUAUGUUAAAGAACUUUUUAAUAUAUACAUAUCUAUAUAUAUAUAUGUAGAUAUUUUAUUUUCCAAAGCAUUUUGAAUAUUGCUGUAUUAUUACUGUAUCUAAAUGUAUAAACCCUACAAUUAUGUGUAUGGUUAUUGUGGAAUCAGGAAGAAAAGUUGCGUAUUUUUGUACUUACAAGUUUUCUGCAGACUCAUGAAGUUAUAUUUACUGCAAUAAAAAGUAUUCACGUCAUA